AGAGUACUCAAUCAGGUCUAUGGGCUUGCUCAUCAUGCUGACAUAAUCUUUAUAAAGCUAUAAAGACUGAUACUCACUGUCCGAGUGAUCAUGAUCAAACAAUUUCGCGCAUGGGCAUAUAACGUACUCCCUUCAAUGCUUUUCUCUCAAGUUUGUGUAGCUCAAGAAAUUUUUUAAUAAAAGUUCACAAGGCUGGUUUGUACCAAAGAAUGUUCCCCACUACUGUGGUCGAUGUGAUUGCACUUAUGUGUAUGUUUAAUGAGUGAUUUUUCUGUUUUAUCGCUUUUUGUAUUGUAUUGCAUCUGAGCCCAAGAUGAUGAUCAAUUAGAUAUUCCAGUUUGUGUUUAUAGAUCCUCGACUUUAGUUUAACCAAUAGGAGUUUUCUGUAUUGCCUAGAGGCAAUAAAAAUAUAAAGUAAAGUAAGAUAAAUAUAUACCAUCAAUAUGAUGUGAAGCAUUCCCUUAACGUUUGUUCUUUUGGACAUAAAACACUGCUCGCACGAUCGCCCCACACCUGAGUCAUUGCAGAAGUGCCAUUUUAGCUAGAGCUUUGUGGAACAGCAUGACGAGCCCAGCUGACUUCAAUAACACACAGUCCUUCUGAGUAUUUUAUGACUUGACAGCGAUGAGCAGCAAUUUCUGCGUAGCAGAUAAAUAGCGGAAGUUCCAAUAUCUGAACAACCUUCGUGGCAUCAACUUCAUCCAAGACACACCUAUCUACAUAUGAGUCAAAGCCCCAUACUUUAUAUAUAGUUUAUAUUUAUAGAUCACUUCACUUUACUUGGCUUCAUUGUAAUAAAUUGUUGGUAUGUUGUAUUCUUAUAGAUAUGAUGUAUUAUUGUUUAUAUGGGCAAUAACCCGUAUCAAGUACGAAUAAGUACAGUAAGGCUAGAUUUUUGCAUAGACAGCACUUAGAUCUCAAGACUUCAGUUCCUUUGACAAACAUAUCUAAGCAAACAAUUAGCUAUUAACAUUCGAAGUGGGCUUAUAGCAUUCACAACAACAGCAAAACCGUAACAAAAGUGUUGCAAAAGUGUUGCUCAAGCUUAAUGUGCAAAUAUUUGUUGGGCUGAGCUUUGAGAUGAAAUCAUGCAAAACAAUUGACGGAACAGAGUAACAAAACAACCGAAGCUGUGUCACAGAUGUGCGGCUGUAGAUAUACUUUUUGUUGAUGGAGUACAUUAAUAACUGUAAACUGAAAAAAUAUAAUAAAUAGCAUUUUAUAUUUGUUGUUGUAUAAUUUUCCUUUAUCAAUGCGUGCAUAAUAAUAUAAAGAAAUAUUUAAGUAACAAAGAUAAUUAAUAAUAUUAAAAAUAAUAAAUAUAAUAUAAAUGCUAGUUAAGGUGUUUUUUCGCAAACUUCGUACCAUUCAGAGUAAUGUGAGUAUAAACCAUGUAACUCAUUACAUUCUAAGCCACUGACAUAUUCGCAAUGCGGGCUCCAAUUUAUCAACAUGUUUAUUCAAUUGUACACAUAUAAAAAUAAAAAACAUUUUUUAUAUUAUAUGAAACAAUAAUUGUUGUUUGCCAUGUUGUGGUAGCAUCAACAUAGUUGCCAAGGUAACCAUUUUAUUAUGUUUAUCUCUUUUUUUUUUUUUUUUUUUAUUUUAAUACGAUUUUUGACAAUAUCUUUGAACCCAACGCACUUGAGUCGAGCCCAGGCCGAGUGGCACAAUUUGUCUGUCCCAUUGGCUGUUGUUGUUGUUGUUGUUGCUAUUGUUGUUGUCAUUUUAAUAGUAGCUAAUGUCUCGGUCAACGCAUUCGAGUCAAGUUCUGUAGUGGCAGCUCUAAACUAUGCCGGGUUGUUGUUGCUGUUUUUAAUGGAAGGAAUUGAGUGCUCAAGUGCUCAAUGAGCGCUCAAACAGAGAGCUGAAACAGCAAUGUUUAUAUUGUACGAGAUUCCAUUUAUAGCAACAUUUAAGCGCUUGACGCAUUUGCGUUCCGUGUGAGAACGUGUCGAGAUGUCGUUGUGCGUGCGUGUCUGACCUGAGCGUCUCCAAUCGAAAAAGGACUUAAAAUGUACCGUUCAGUCUAUGGGGAAGUGAAACAGAAAUCGUUCCACUUACAGUCCACAAGCGUUACAGUGCUGUUUACCAUAAAACGUUCCACAAAGGCAUACAGGCGCUCUUAUGUGAAAAGUGAUAUUUGUCAAAAACUUCCGUUACUUCCACUUGCAAGAAAUACGCUUGAGUGUGAUACAAAUGCGGUAUAAAUGUGAUAGAUGUGCUCAAUAAAUAGCAAAAUCCAAGAGUUUAUAUUCCACAUACAAUUCACACGCGCUAAUGUGGGCAAAUAUACUGUUACUUUUGUGUUGUGAAAAGAAACAAUAUUUUAGCAUCUCUGCAUUAUAAACAUACAAUCCACACAAGAGAACGUGCUAAACAUAAUUAAUACUUCCAGAUUGCAUCACAUACCACAACAUGCAAAUAAGAGCCAAAAUGACAAAUACUCGAUCUAUUGUAAUUGUGCUCCUUAUGGUACUUUGCAUCGCUUCGUAUUGUAGCCCUUAUACACUGCGGCGUCGCUUGCAGAAUCGCUCCCAUCAGCUGCUGGACGGCAUAGGAGUGCAUUCCAAGCAGUUCAAUCCACUGCAACCGGUCACAAAUGGUGUGCCACAGUACACGAAUAUUGACCGGAAUUUUCGCCAAUGGUUUCUCAUGCUUCGUGGAAGGAUGUUAAACGCGGGGCUGAAUAAAAUUAACGAACUCUACGGGAUUAGUAGGCGUGAGGGAAAGAUGCAAGCUCCAAUUCCAAGUCGCGUUCCAUUUCCUUGCUCGCUCAACAAUACUAGAUCCCGCACUCCUCCCACCUCUGUGGAACGUCUGCGACCUGGCGAUAUAGACAUCGUGGCUUCCAUUGGAGAUUCCUUAUCCGCUGGCAAUGGCAUUGUAUCCAGAAAUGCGUUAGAUCUGAUAAAUGAGUUUCGUGGGCUUUCCUUUUCCGGCGGAGGUUUGGGCACCUGGCGUACAGUCCUAACUCUCCCCAACAUACUAAAGGUCUUCAAUCCGAAUCUUUAUGGCUAUGCCACGGGUCACAGUCUGGUCGUAAAUCAUGAGAUUUCGCGCCUGAACAUUGCAGAGCCCAUGAUCAUGUCACAUGAUCUAAUGUAUCAGGCACGUGUGCUCAUCGAUCUCAUGCGCCGCGAUCCACAAGUGGAUAUGAAACGGCAUUGGAAACUGCUGACUGUUUUUGUGGGCAACAAUGAUAUCUGCUCCGACAUGUGUCACUGGGACGAUCAGGAGAAAAUGAUCGAACGACACGCUCGAGAUCUUCGUGAAGCUUUUCGACUGCUACGCGAUAAUGUGCCUCGACUUCUGAUCAAUUUGGUGGCGGUGCCCAAUAUUUUAGCCACGAUGAGUCCGAUAAAGGAUGUACCCUUCGGCUGUUUUGUGGUGCACCGCAUUGCCUGCAAUUGCCUGCUAAGCGAUCGUCUGACCGCAUCCGAGGCGAAGCAGCGACACUACAUGAUUCAGCGUUGGCAACAGGUUGAUCUACAGGUGGCACAAUUGCCGGAGUUUCAGCGCGAAGACUUUGCUAUCAUUGGCCAUCCCAUGGUAACGAAUCUAUCCGUGCCCAAGCUUCCAAAUGGUAAUACGGAUUGGCGCGACUUCUCACACGAUUGUUUCCACUUUAGCCAGCGUGCACACGCAAGCGCAGCAAGUUUGCUGUGGAAGGGCAUGUUCCUGCCGGAUGAGCAGAAACCACGUACCAACAUACUGUCGCAGCCCUUUGAAAGGUUCUUCUGUCCCAGCAGGGAGCAACCGUUCUUUGUGGUGCGACCCAGCUGAGAGUGCUGCACUUCGAUAAUAACAAAGUUGAUAUUUUAUUUUGUAUAUAUUGAUAUGAUAAGUAGUCAUAAACAGUAGAGAACAAUCAUUCUUAAGAUUCGUAGAAUGGAGCGAAAAAUUAGUUUAAAAACAGAAAAUUUUAAGAAAAAAUUUAUUUUUAAUAUUUGCUAAUAUCUAUUAUACCACUCAGUGCAAAAGGUUCUCAUUAAAAUAUUUAUAACAGCCAAGCUUGAAUAGAAAGAAUAGUCCAGUCGAUUUUCUUUUCUUGAACUUUGUUCUCUCAAAUCUGAAUAGGUUGAAUAUUCUGAAUUUCUUACAUGUUAAUAUUUAAUAUUUAUAUUGCUACGAAUCGUAGAGUGAUUCGUGUAGUCCUGACUAGAGUACUCUUUACUUGUUUUCAAGUAUAGGUUAUACGUUUGAAAGAGCGGAUCGGACUCAAGGUGUUUCCUCGUCAGACACUGCUUGCUUCAAUUAGUUAUUAUUGUUAUUUAUUUAUUAUUAUUAGUCAUUGCAAUUACUUAUAGCACAUACACACCAAUAUAAAUGUUAGUAUUUAAGAGGAUUAAAGGAUUCUUGAUGAAAUGAAACCCAUAUUAUUUUAUCAAAUUUUAUCAAAUAAAUAUUUUAUUUUAA